UCAUCAUCAUCAUCAUCAUCAUCACCAUCAUCAUCAUCAUCAUCAUCAUCAUCAUCACCAUCAUCAUCAUCACCAUCACAAUCAUCAUCAUCAUCAUCACCAUCACAUCAUCAAUCAUCCACCAUCAUCAUCCAUCAUCAUCAUCAAUCAUCACCAUCAUCAUCAUCACCAUCACCAUCAUCAUCAUCACCAUCAUCAUCAUCAUCAUCACCAUCAUCAUCAUCAUCAUCAUCAUCAUCACCAUCAUCAUCAUCAUCAUCACCAUCAUCAUCAUCACCAUCACCAUCAUCAUCAUCAUCAUCACCAUCAUCAUCAUCAUCACCAUCAUCAUCACCAUCAUCAUCAUAUCCAUCACCAUCAUCAUCAUCAUCAUCAUCAUCAUCAUCAUCAUCACCAUCAUCAUCAUCAUCAUCAUCAUCAUCAUCACCAUCAUCAUCAUCACCAUCACCAUCAUCAUCAUCAUCAUCACCAUCAUCAUCAUCAUCAUCACCAUCACCAUCAUCAUCAUCACCAUCACCAUCAUCAUCAUCACCAUCAUCACCAUCAUCAUCAUCAUCAUCACCAUCAUCAUCAUCAUCAUCAUCAUCACCAUCAUCAUCACCAUCAUCA